UUAUUUUUAAGAAGAAAACUUGGCCAGCCAUAGUAACAUUUCAUUCUGUGACACUGUGGCACUCAUUUGAAAAAAAAACAAUGACCCACAGCAGAGCGCUCAGGUCGCAGCGGGCAGCGCUGCUGCUGUCGCUGCUGGCGGCGGUUGUCGGCCUGUGCGCCGCCGACAGCGUGGUGCACGUGCACGAAGUGAGCAACGCCGAGUGCCAGCUGUGGUGCGGCGAGAACGAGUUCUGCGUGCGGACCAGCGUGCUCGGCACGUGCAUGCAUCUGCUGCCGCGCAUCUCGUGCGAGGAUGCGUGCCACGACAACGAGACAUGCGUGUACCCGGGAACCCUGUGUUAUCCCGAGCCCGGUUUGUACGACUGCCCCAUCUACUGUCUCACCAGACUAGCCUAGUGACCAGCUUACUUCGCCAAACGACGUCAAUACUCAAUACUCACCAGUUUGUAUAACACAAAUGAAAUAAACCUUCAGAUGUAAGAA